GCCUCUGACCAAGAACAAAAAUUGUUGUGGGAAUAAUAUGCGAACAGCUGCCACUGGGACUGUCACAACUGCUCUGCAGAGAUGCCAUCCCUCACCAGAGUUUAUCAGCCAGUGGUACAAAUCCUAUCAUGAAGAACUCUGUGGCACCAGUUAUGGAUCUUUUUGUCUAAAUGGAGGGAUUUGUUAUAUGAUUCCUACUGUAUCCAGUCCAUUCUGCAGGUGUAUUGAGAAUUACACAGGAGCUCGUUGUGAGGAAGUUUUGCUGCCCAGCAUCAAAUCCCAAACAAAAGGUGACCUGUUUGCAGCUUUCUUGGCUUCCCUUCUUCUUCUAGGAGUUCUUGUAAUUGGAGCAUUCUACUUCCUUUGCAGGAAAGUUUCCAUUCCAAGGACAAGUUCUUCAGAGUGUGGUGCCAACCUAGUUGAAACUACAAGCAGCAAUGGCUGCAACAGAUUUCCCCAGAGGAGCUGA